CCGGUCUCCUGUGCUGCCCGCCUGCCUGGCAGCAGUCCUGUCUGUAUGAAUCGACAGCCGACAGUUGUGUAUUUAGACAGGCAGGAACACGAACGGCCUUCCGAAACCGGAACGUGGUGAGUCCACGGGUUUGUUUAAAUGGCGAAAACCUACGACUAUCUGUUUAAGCUGCUGCUUAUCGGAGACAGCGGCGUAGGCAAGACAUGUCUGCUGUUCAGAUUCAGCGAGGAUUCCUUCAACACCACCUUCAUCUCCACAAUAGGGAUAGACUUCAAGAUCAGAACAAUAGAGCUGGACGGAAAGCGAGUCAAACUCCAAAUUUGGGACACUGCAGGGCAGGAGAGGUUUCGCACCAUUACUACAGCUUACUACAGAGGAGCGAUGGGUAUUAUGCUGGUYUAUGACGUCUGCAACGAGAAGUCCUUUGACAACAUAAAAAACUGGAUCAGAAAUAUUGAAGAGCAUGCCUCAUCAGAUGUGGAAAAAAUGAUCCUGGGAAACAAAUGUGACAUGACUGACAAGAGACAGGUGUCCAAAGACAGGGGUGAAAAGCUGGCUAUUGAUUAUGGAGUAAAGUUCUUGGAGACCAGCGCAAAGUCUGGCCUAAAUGUCGAAGAGGCUUUUUACACGAUGGCAAAAGACAUCUUACACAAUCUGUGCUCAAAGGCAACCGACAGCAGCGGCGACGGAUCGGGGAAACCUGUCAAGAUCACAGAUAAAAAAUCAAAGAGAAUUAAAUUGUUCAAGUGUUCAGUUCUCUAAGCAGCUGGCCUGUGAUUUUUCAUGUUCUGCCGUGAACUUGCUAUUAGGAUCCCUGCCCUCUUGGCCUAACUGACCGCAGCGGCAGAGGCGGCACUGCUCGUCAUCAGCAGGCUUUAUCGCCACGUGAGGGUCAACGGGUUUCAACAGGUCGUGGGCGGGUGAGAAGCCACCCCUCAUUUGCUGAACAACAAAUGAAGAAAGAUGCGAAAGACCGUCAGCAGUGGUUGGUAGCUAAACUUGCAGUGCCUGCUCACAGUGGGCUGACAUGAAAAUAUAUCAGUGGCACACUGUUUGUCUUACUCUUUCAUACUGUAGCAUCAUUUUAUACAUAACUACCUGUUGAUCAUAAUGCUGUGAGAUUAAUAUACCGAGUCUCGGCAUUGAUUGUAUUUUGCAAAUUUGUGUAUAUUUUAUUACGCUUAUGACCUUCAGUUGCACUAACAUUAUUCUGACCUCUAAGAAGCUUCAGAAGUUUGAUAAAUCAGACAAAAAACAUUUGGAAAAGUUACUUUUUGCUCUUCUUUUUUAUUAUUAUUUUUACAUUUGAACUAUUUAUACAAGUUUCUGUGUUUGGAAAAACUGUGAAGGAAGUUUAUUUCACCGAAGCUGCACUGAAAAUGUACUCUUUCACGGUUGUUUGUAUUUGCAUGAAGGAUGUAGUAGACACUUUGAAGAGGUCAAUAUUAAGCACAGUAUCUGAAAAGGGGGAAAAAUCGUUUACAGAAUGUAUAUAAAAAUGCCAAACAUAUAUAGAAAGGGAAGUUUUUUUGCUGUUCACGUGUGCAUGCAUUUUAAAAAAAUCUUUCCAAAAACCGAAGACGUUCUUUUUUUUUUUGUCUCCAACCUGAAAAGACAGCAGUUGAGGAAGGCUGUAUUGUAGAUUAAGUUCUCUGUAGGCUCUUGUAUGUUAGUAGAAUGUUAACAAAAGUAAAGAAAAUUAAUAUUCAUA